GGAGAAACGUCCUGAUAGUCUAUGCACAUCAAGAGCCCAAGUCUGAACGGAUCUUUGAAGAGUGUUGCUGUAGAAGAGUUGAGCAAGCAGGGCUGCAGUGUCACAGUGUCUGAUUUAUAUGCAAUGCAGUUCGAGCCAAGAGCAACAAGAAAUGACAUUGUUGGUUGCUUGCACAACUCAGAAGAGUUCAAUUAUGGUGUGGAGACAUGGGAAGCUUACAAGAGAGGAGGUUUGUCCAGUGAUCUGAUUGAGGAGCAAAAGAAGGUGCAGGAAGCGGAUUUAUUGAUUUUUCAGUUUCCCUUGUAUUGGUUCAGCAUGCCAGCAAUCAUGAAGGGCUGGAUGGACAGAGUCUUGGUCCAAGGAUUUGCUCAUGAAUUUCCAAAGUGUUACGAUUCUGGUUUGCUCAAGAACAAAUUAGCCCUGUUUUCUUUCACCACUGGAGGAAGCAAAGAGAUGUAUGCAAAAGGAAGUAUCAGUGGUGAUAUUCGCUAUCUCCUGUGGCCCAUGCAGCAUGGAAUCAUGCACUUUUGUGGUGUCAAAGUCCUCGCACCUCACAUCUGCUUUGCUCCGGAGUAUGUCUCUGAGGAGAAGAGGAAGGAAAUGCUGGUUGCCUGGGCCCAGCGUCUGAAGACACUUUGGAAGGAAGAACCCAUAAACUGCUCUCCUGAGUGGUAUUUCAAGUAAUGUUCAGGUACAGGACUACAGAGAGAAGAUUUUUUUUUUCCUUCCAUUCUUUUUGGUGCUUUAUCUCGAUGUCUGAAUGCUGAUCUCCUAAUUCGAAUGUAUUAUAAGUAUCUUGAGUACUACAGCUGGCAGUUUAACU